AUGGCAGCUGCGACCCGCCUUGGAAAACGCGCCACUCCGCCGCCAACUCUGACCCCGACGCGUCAAACCAAGCGCCAGUGCACCUCAGAUGCGUGGUCCGCGGACAGCCCUCUCAGCAGCGCGGCUUCUACCCCAGAACCGCCGUCUACGCGAACAACGAAACUGGACCACAUUGAUAUAAGCGGCCAGAGACUCAAGCCUACGAUCGUUUUCGACACCCUUUGGAAAUGGUUAGCGGAGAGGAAAGCGUUGGAUGACGAGCGGAGGCAGGGACUGCCGGCACCGUGGACAGACGAUCGCAUUCUUCAGGAAUACAAGUUCUGCCAGUCAUAUCGUGUAAUGGACAAAACUUCCCAGUUCCUCAUCACCGAAGUCAUCGAAAAGGGGUCUCAAGCGCGCGACGAAAUCCUUUUCCGAAUCCUCCUCUUCCAGUCAUUCAACCGUAUUGAAACAUGGAGGUUACUGCAGAAAGAGCUGGGGAAUCUAACUUACAAGGACUUCGACAUCGACCGCUACGAUAGCGUCCUCAGCAAAGCUAGUAAUGGCGGAACUGCAAUCUUCACUCAUGCAUACCUGAAAAUUGCCCCCAAUGCACUUGACCAUACCAAAAACAACUCCGCAUCCGGUCAUCGCAGGCAUUUGAAUCUGCUCAAACACUUUAUGGAUGACCUCCCUGAAGUUCUCCGCUACGCCGAAUAUGCCGCCGAUGUUUACGAGGCGAUUGCAGCUUAUCCUGGCUGUGCCGCGUUCAUCUCGUUCCAAAUCCUCAUCGCACUGUCCUAUUCGAGCCUCAUCAACUUUUCUGCCAACGACUUUGUCAUUCCAGGAUUGGGUUGCUCCUCUGGCCUCGCGAAGAUGUUUGGCAACAGCUUGAAGGAGGCGAAGAAAGUCGUCCCAGACAUCGAAACCGACAUUCUCCGCUGGAUGGUCGCAAACCAAGAAGCUCAAUUCGAUCGCUUGGGCAUCACGUUUUCGUUUUUGCGUAAUGACAAGGGAGCGGUGUUGAAGCUGGAGCUCCCCGACCUAGAACAUGCCGUUUGCGAGGUCGACAAAUAUGCACGCAAGAAGCACCCCGGUAUCAAGAAUGGCAAGGCCCAACUCAAGUCAACGUUUGUGCCCACAUCCGCAUCACUCCCUGCCAAGGUUGUGCUACCAAAAGCAUGGUCUCACCCUGCCCGUCGCCGCUCCCAUAUCAGGGCAGAGAAAAUUUCGGUCCACAAAAUAUAUGUCGUAGAGAGCAUUCUUGGCGAGAGAUUGGGCGGGAAAUUGGGCGACAACGAAAUGUAUUAUAGGGUCCAUUGGAUGGGGUACCCCAAAUCGGAGCGAACUUGGGAGCCUCGCAGCGAGCUUAUACAAGAUGUUCCACAGAUGGUUGAAGCAUGGGAAUCUCGCCGAAAAGAAGCUGGAGUGGACCACCAACAGUGA